AUGAGCUCCUCACGUGCACCGACUGAGCACCUGUCCAUCCGGUCAAAGUCUCUUGUCGCCGGCUCGGUUUCUGGCAUGGCGAGCGUCGUGAUCUGCCAUCCACUGGAUACCAUUCGGACGCGACUGCAGCUGUCACCCAGUCGCUUCCACGGCUUUUUCCACUGCGUGAAGCAGACGAUCCAGCAAGAAUCCAUCCGUGGUCUCUACAAGGGCUUCCUGCCGCCGUUCUUGAGCCAGGGCGUCUAUAAAGCCGUCAUCUUUACGACAUCUUCGACAUUGCGCCAUGACGUGCUCCCUCAUGUCUCGAUCCUCCAGCCAGUGCUCACGCCGACACUCACAUCGUUGAUAGCAGGUGCAGUAGCUGGAGGUGUCAAUGCUGUUCUCGUAACGCCCGUGGAGCUCGUGCGCAAUCGACUGCAAGUGCAAUAUGAUAAUCAGAGCGAGUCAAGGAAAUACAGAGGAACAGGGCACUGCAUUAGGCAAGUGGUGCGCGCUGAAGGCCUCACGGCCAUGUGGAAAGGGUUGACAACAACCGUCAUUCGAGACGCGGUUGGCGUGGCCUUCUACUUUCUCGGCUAUGACCUCGUCAAACAGCGCAUGAGUGCAAGUGGCACAUUUGGAGAAACUGCGACGCUGUUAACUGCUGGUGCUUUAGGGGGCGUUAGCUUCUGGACGGUUGCACUACCUUUUGACACGGUCAAGUCCCUAAUCCAGGCGGAUGGAAAAGCGGGCAAGUAUACAGGAUUGGUAUCAAGUACAGCAAGAUUGGUGCGGGAAGAAGGCGUGAUGCAGCUCUUUCGUGGAUGGCAGGCUGCCUUUUCGCGUGGAAUUCCAAGCGCCGCGAUGACUUUCUGGACUUUUGAUCGAGCGACCAAGUUCCUCGAUGAAAUGUGA